GUUAAUUCCGCCGUCCCGAGUGCAGCCUCGUUAAGCAGCAGUACACCAUCCGGCUCCGGAUCCGGUACUCCUACCGUGGUACCACGCGUGCAAACGAUUCAGCUUACACCGCAAAAGCAGCAACACCUUAAAAACGUCCAGAUGCAGAUACAACAGCUUUCUUCGAAGUUGAUGAACAAAAAUUUGCUUUCCUCGCUGAUGAUACCGGCCGAGUUUGAUCCCACAAAUCCAAUCCAUAGCAAACCACUUCCGACGAUCAAAAACAUCCAAACGAUGACCGAUAGUGAGAUCUACCAAGCGCUUCACCGGCUAUUCAUGGAGCAGCAGAAAAUCCUAUCGACUGGAAAGAUCAUUCCGACGCUUCCUGCUAGCCAUGCGUAUACUACAUCGCAACCUCCGCCACCUCCAACGCCAAUCGUGGAGCUCAAGCAGCAGCCACAACAGGCAAUCAUAUCGCCAAUCACGGUAACGCCUACGACCGUUGGAGGCGGUACGGUGGCUGGAAAGCACCACGAAUUGAUGCACACGAGUUCUUCGUCCACAUCGUCGAUGUCGAUCACAAUCACGAGUAGUACCGUUCCCAUGCAAGGUGUUGUCGGUGGCAAGUUAACGGGGACAGUUGGCGCUGGAUUGGCUCAUGUUGCUGCCACUAAACAAACAACGACGAUCAUACCGAUCACCACGAACCACGCACUGCCUCCUCCGCCACCGCCGGUAUCCAUCCAUUCCCUGCAAAGUAGUAAACCCUUGGGCAGCCUUACGAACACGAUCACAACCGCCACAGCUGGUCUAACGGGUGUAAACCCAAGCAACGUACCCAAUCUCAAAAUGUCGACCACAGGUAGUGGAACAAUUCAGCAACAUCAUUUGGUGUUGAAUAGUAAAAACGUAGGGAGUGGUUCCGUUGGCGUGGUUCAAUCGCAGCCGAACCCAUCCACCGUUGUAAUGCCACCGUUACAUACGUUAGUUCCGCACCAAACUAUCUCCAAUAGCUCGUCCAUUUCGAUGAUGAGCCUAAGCAAAGUUGAAACCAGCAGUAGCAACGGAGGAGGGGUAUUGUUGAAUCAUCAACAGAUGAUCCACCAACUACCCCCCUCAUCUACAACGUCUGCAUCGUCAAUAUCGACCGUUUCAAACAAUCCCAACAACACGCCGGUUCCACCUCCACUAGUGCCAACUGGUCUUGCUUCGGGAAGUCAUCUUAAAUCGCUUACGAACGCGGCAGUCGGAGCCAAUAACUCCUCAAUCGUCAUCGUUGGAGGAUCCCAUGCAAUUAUUAGUGGAUCAUCGCAAAUGUUGGCACAAACGGCAGCGCGAAUACAACAGCAGCACCAACUUCAGCAACAACUACAGCAGCAGCAGCAGCACCAGCAGUCAAUGGUUCCUGGGCUUCUUCCAUCUGUGAUAGCGACAUCUUCUCCGGCUACCGUCGUUGUGCCUAUCACUUCUUCGAGCUCAGCUGCUGGUUGCUCAGGGUCUGUGAUAUCACCACCACCAUUGAUAACAGUCUCUGCCAGUACUGGUGCUAAUAGCACCAGUCAUCUUGUAAUGCCAACAACCUUCUCCCCAUUACCGGUGGCAACCGGUGGCAUUACCGUGGUUGCUUCCUCUACACCAACAACUACUACAACAAUGGUCACAACAACGGUACCCACGACAACAACAACCGCGGAUGCACUUUCGUCAGCCGUCGUUGCCGCUUCUGCACUGAACAAUGGCUCGGGCGGCGGUCCACCGGCUGUCAUCAUUGCUGCUCCAGCGGGUACUUCACCGUCCACACCGAUGACGUUCAUCACGACCAAUGUACCGAAUAGUCCGGCCGUGAAAGUACCACGCGCAAGUUUAUUCGAGAUACAGAUACAAAAGGAUCAAGAUGCCUGCACCAAGCCCGACACUAACACCCCGUUCGGUAGUAAGCAGGACGCAAUAAAGCGGCUCAUACGUUACCAUUGUAUGUACGAGGAAAAGUGUGAAGAGAACGAAGAGGAAGAGUUGCAGUUUGAAACGACAGCCGAGUGGUUUCCAGAGGCCUACCGUACGAUGAUGAGCCGCUACCGUCGGUUAAUGAUAAACGAAUCAAUGCGUGAAGUACGUACAUCGGAACUGAUGUUGGUGAAUAAAUUGUUUAAGGCAGAUAUAACGGCUGAAAUUGAGGAGAUUCAGGAACAGCUCCGUGAGACGACUGAGAAUCCUAAUCCCGCUUCCGACGACGUGAUAUUCGUAUCGUCAUCAGAUGAGGAAAAACCUAAACCCAGCCGUACUCAUUCUGGAUCGCCGCUAAUGCCGUUAACAUUGCUAGAGAUAGAGGAUACUGCUCCCAAGAAAGAAUCACCAGUUAUUCACAGUGCAUUGGGUGCUAGUUCAGUAAUCACCAGCGUGGAUCAAUCACGGAAAGUAAAAACUGAAGGAGAUUCUGUAGGAGAAUUGACAGCCAGCAUCAAAGAUCAAUUACAGGCGUCCUCAAUAUAUCAGCAAUCGAGUAACGUGGAUGGAUCUUUCAACAGUUCCUUCCAGCAGACAGUGGCCCGUUCAUCGAUUGCUUCCUUACACACGACCACUACAAAAACGGAGUCGCCCGGACAGCGGUGCAUAGGAAGCAGCAUGCAUGAUAACUUCAAGAAGGAUCCUCCGGCGCUAGUAGAGACAUUCGACGAUAUCGAGAGUGAAAUAAAGCCGAGUUUCAUUAUGAAGAAAAGCGACGACGUGGCUGGCGGAACGGUGGACGAGAAGAGAGCUACUGACAUGGUGACGGCGUAUCAUGAUACAAUAGUCACACCGUCGGCCCCACCAACGUUACGGUAUUUCAAUCAAAUGCAACCGAGCACUGCACAUCCCAAAGAGCCAGAUAUGGGUUCGUUUUCGAAGGAUAUCAAACGACAUUCGACAACGACCACUGCUGUUGUUCCUCCGUUGGCAGCAGUGUCUACCACCGGGUCUUCAAACCUAUCCGCUAACACAGAACACAACGAAGCUGCAACAUACGAUGAUUGGAUGUGUUUCCCAAAAGAACUGAGCUACUUCACCGGUUCUAGUGAAAACUGUACCGGCAGUGUUGAUAGUGAGACCGGUAGAGAUGGAAUCUCCGGAGUUGGUACGGCCGGUAGAAAGAAAACGCCAGAAGAAGAGAUUAAUGAAAUGUUCAAUUCCAACGAUUCGAAGCUAGAUCAAUUGUUCAGCGGUAGCACUACUAUGGACGACAAACCGCAAUCAGCGUCCUCUUCUAAUCUCGAUUCUCCGUUGACUGAGUUUUUCGAUGUACACCAGCAAACGCAAUCCUCAAGACAGAUGGCUGCUACUGGACCAACAAGCAGCAGUGGUACCGUAAUGUCUUCGUUACAUCGCGCAGGCGUAAAUGCCUCCGAGAAUCCAGCCACAACAACCGGCAAUUGGACAUCAUCGGUGUUUCGUAUCGCGGAAUCGUCGACGAGUAUCAUCGAUGGUACAAACUACACACACAAAACGUCCAGUAACUUUGACAUUUUGCAACAACAACAGCAAUCGAUCAGUGGUGCCCAUUCGAGUCUCUCGCAUAAACGGCAUUGGUCUGCGACUAGCAGUAGUAGUUCAUCCAAUCUUCUGUACGCGUCGGACAGCACCGAUGAAUUGGUAGAAAGCGGCACCAAGCGACCCUGUCUCUCCGGCACCCGUAUUGAUGAUCAGCAACUGAACAAAGAAAAUGUCGGUGAAGGUGUGACCAAUAGCAGCGUGGUUACUAACAGUAAAGCAGAUAGUCGUUGGAUGGAAACCUGUACGGCGCCAGGCAUGGAAAGUAAAUCGUCAUUAAUAGUUACUCCUACUAAUCGCCAUCAUCAGGCAUCCAACGAUGGCACGAACGGUCCCUCAACAGCGACGCCAGCCAUGCGACAGCAAGGUAACGAACACAUUCACCUAAGCAGCCUACGUAAUAACACCCGUAAUGCUACAAUUAUCACUGGGGAAGGUAUCGGUGGUACGCAUCUGGAGAACAUUGCCUGUGCUUCAAUGCGGAUAACGGGAGUAAGCGGGCGUGGUGAUGCUGGUGGUGGUGGUGGUGGUGUCAUAAUGGGUGGAUCAAACGUCGGUUCUAACGGUGAUCCGCUAGUUGGUCAAAGUACAAACGAGCAAGAGGCGGGAGAAGGGAUCACUUCUAACAUCAUGAUGCUCGGUAGUUCUAACAUUAGACCUAGUAACACUAACAGUCACCACAGCAGCACGAACAGUAAUGGCAGUCAUCAACAGCUUCAUAUAACACCUACGUCAACGAAACGUACGUCCUGGAAUGGUGACAUUUUGUUGGCUUCGGCGACUGACGACGUUGAGAGCCACCAUCGGCAUGUGCUCGAUAUGCUCGACACUAAUCUUAGCCUAAGCCUAAAUAACCUUAACAGUAUCUGUAGUGACACUAACCUGCUAGACAACGGUGGCGAUCCAACCGAUAUGGUGCAUCAUCAUCACCAUCACCAUGAUCAUGGGCAGCAGCAGUCACAGGAGGAGCGAUUAAUGCUUCACCAGCAUCAUCACCAGCAGCAACAUCAUGACGAAGGACAGCUUCUUCAUAAUCAGCUGCCAAAUCAUGGCCAUGGCCACCAGCAGCAUGCACAACAUCAGUUACAGCAUAAUCAUAAUCAUCACAUCGAUACAAUGGGUGGUAGUGAAGGCAAAGGCAAAAGCUGCUUCAGCGAGGCAGACGAUCUCGUAACGGAUGGUGGUGGCGGUGGUGUAAAUAUAGAUUCAGUGGCCAGGGAUGAAACGACGAGUCUAAUGCUUGGUGAUGGUGGUAGAAGUAGUGGUGACGGUAGUAGACGCGAUUCCAACUGCUCGCAACAGCAACAUAACAGCCAUUCCAAAAUCAACUAUCUUGAUCGUGAUCUUUUAGGAAGCUUGGAUUCGGUCUCCGACGAUGUGGAUGGCCGAACGCCGGUGAUUAGCAUGCAUCCGGGUAGCAUCCUGAAAGAUAGUAGUGGGAUGGCCUCCGCGUUCCAAGACCAUCAACUUCAACAUCAGCAGCUACAGCAACAACAUCAGCAUCAGCAUCAGGCUACGCUACAAGAUCUACAUCAUCUGAACCCGCAGCUCACAUUCGAUGCUCUCAGUGGAGCUAACUUCGAUGAGGAUAUUAGUCGGCAGGUGCAAAACGCUAUCGAUAGCAUACUGAACUUGCAGAGCAACGAAACAGACGCCGCCGCGUUGCACUACUCGCUCGACCACUCCUUUCUCACCGACAGCCCACUGACCAGUUUAGCUGGUCACAGCAAUAGUCUCCAGGCCUCUUCUUCGAUGAUUGGAAACAGCGUUCACUCGUUGCCUCCUGAUCUUACGCCCCAAUCCAUGCCUGUUCAGCACCGGCAGCAGUCAUCGAUAGCAGCCGUCCAGCAUGUAGGGCUCGGAAAACGUAAAUAUCCGACAGAUUGUCCAUCGCCAAUGGUUGGUAUUUCGCCUGAGGAUGGUAGUCCGAUGGGUCCCGGCAGUAGUGGUAGCAGCAACAGCAGCAACAGCACUAUCAGCAGUUUGAGCAGUGCUAGCAGUAGCACAACUACGAAUCUUCUUGUCAGCGCAAUGACUAACCAACACUUUGGCUCGCCGGAAACGGAUCCGAUGAAGGCAAUUAUCAAAUCGUGACAACUUCACAACGGCAAUUCUUCAGUCGGUGAUGGCAGCCUCGCAGUACCUAACGCUGUAGCAAUCGAUGCCUCUAUAGGUCUGAAAAUACCCUAAUAGCGUUGGAUUCGAACAGACGAACACUUUUCGAUUCCACGCACGAGAAUCUGUGCUUCAGAGCAGGAUUAGAGUUACAAUUGUGACGACAUGCGUACCGACAACUGUCUUAAAAUCCAUUGCAUUGCCAUUUUUAUUUUGAUCUUUGGAUCCUGCAAAACGUGCGCCUGGAGCACGUGAAGUCUAAUUAUUUAUCAAGCCGUUAUCUUUUGGAUCUGUUACAGUCGGUACAAACCGUGUGCUCUAGGAGGCAUUCUGUUAUAAUGUCCGUUGUUAUUUAUGAUUUUAGCCUUCCUCAUUUCCAAAUGAUUUUCGAUAGUGCUAUGGAUGCAGCACACAUCCAACAAUUUUACAUUUGUGACUAUAAGUCAAUGAAGUGACAAUAACAAUAAUCACAUACCGAUCAACCUUCAGAAUCAUUUUAUGUUGUUUCUGCAAUUAGUGAUUUCGAAUGGUUUUCGUCAGCAGUGUGUUGAUAUGCUUGUUUUUAUCAUUCGUUUUUUUUUUUUAUCAAAUAACUUUAUACCCCUCACCAUUGCACCCAGGACCUCUCAUUAUCGAAUUGACGAUCUCAUAAUGUGUUGGUUUACUGAGAAGAAAUACCAAGACACAUCAAGACUGUACGCGAUGAUUGGGGAGAUAAAAUAGUGAAUCCAAUUAAUGGCAAUAUACUACUACAUACGAACUGGUCUUCGUACACCUUCGUUCUCGAUGCCGGUUGUAUUUCAGUGAUGAGCAUGGAAACAGAUGACAAGCGAUCCGUGGGCUGCUCGUGAUGAUUUGAUUCAAUUUCGAACGAUCGAUUCCAAUGAAUAAAGACGAACGGUGCAGAAACCAGUGUUCGGUCAGGUGCAGCAUCUAAUAGUUGUGGCGAUGAUCGUGACUUAAGACAGAAGAAAAAGCUAGUUUAGCUAAGGCGGAAACAAAAACAUAAUUAAACGAGUAAGUUUAGUCGUACGUAAUAUAUACCUAUACAAUUGUACAUAUUCUCUCGCGAUUCAUGCAGAGUGAACACAGACACACGGAUAAUAGAAAGCCCCUAUUCUUAUAUAGCUGUGUAAGGUUAAGCGUAGCAUUGUGGCACUAACGAUGAAAUACGAAGGUGGCGGAAGCGAGUGAGAGAAUAGAAGCUCGCGAAGAGUGUAACCCACUCAACUUUGGCUUCUACAACUGUGGCAGGAUGGCGAACGCAGUUCAGAAAAAUACCAUGCAAAUCGUAUCAGUGUACCAGUGUGACGAAAACGAUUAUCAACGAGCGAUUCUACUACUUAGACGGGCGCAGUGUAGCCGUUGGCGAAUGCGUUUUAUGAAGUCAGUUAGUGCAUCAGUCACUGCUGCUGGCUGCAUCUGCACGACGAUGGAUAAAUCAUAAAAAUGUACGUUUUAAACAAAGUAAAAAAACUGGAUUUUUAAAACGUCCCAACGGAUAGUGAACAGAAACCCAGAUCUGCCCAUUUUGGGCAAAGUACAGGUUGAAUAUGGUUUUAACACAAGAGCCGGCCGUGAGUGUUGGUUUCAUUUCUACCAGUGCAAGAGCGGCUACAAACAGUGGUGCAGCACAAAUUUAUACUAAAAGGAAACAUAACCAAAACGAGAAGAAGAAAACACAACAAUAAUCAAAAUCAAUAUUAAAAAGUACGGACCACCAAUCGUUUCCUCUUUUCCCUCCUAUUCUAUUGCAGAAUAGCAACCAAUUUACGAAACCUGAUUGAAUAGUGCAUGUGAGAUACAGGGCGGAUUUAUAUAAAUGCACGCAGAUGGAAACUCACCAAGGGAUUUCCUACGUUUCAGUGCAAAUAAUUUGCC